UCUGACAACUGGCGGGACUUCUUCGCGUGGUGGAGGAAAACCUAAGUUGUUUACGAAGCUUGAAAACUUGGCAGGUAACACGACCCGGUUAACUAAAUCAAACAACUAUGAUGGCAACAAACGGAAAAGAAGCACAUGGAUUGCAAGACGAUGUGUCCGUUUCUUCAAAUGGUAGCUGUGAAAGUUCUCGUUCUCACAUAGCUGCGGUGAACGGCGCAGCCAUGGGGACUCCGUGUCACUCCAAGUUGCAGAAUGGAGGAGCAACAUCGCCGCAGAGGUUUACCUUCAGUCCUGAGCCCACCAUGGAGGAUAUUCGAAGAAUGCAGGCCGAGUUCACGGACGAGCGGGACUGGAACAAGUUUCACCAGCCCCGCAACCUGCUUCUGGCCAUGGUUGGGGAGGUAGGCGAAGUGGCUGAGCUCUUCCAGUGGCGGGGAGAGGUGGCGGAGGGUCUUCCUGACUGGAGCGAAUCGGAGCGGGAGCAGCUGGCACACGAACUGAGCGAUGUCCUGAUCUACCUGGUGGAGCUCGCAGAGAAGUGUCGCGUUGACCUUCCCCAGGCGGUACUCCGUAAAAUGGCUCUCAACCGUCUGAAAUAUCCCGCAAGUAAAGUGCACGGGUCGGCCAAAAAGUACACAGAAUACAAAGACUAAGUAUGAAGAGACAGAUGUGGAUCAGUGGACGCUUGAUUUUGAUUUCUGGAGCCUCUUACCCCCAUCCUCUGCUGAAUAAUUCGGUUCAAAUAGCAUUUUUGUUAACUUGCUACAUAAAAUGUUGUAUUUUAAGUUAUAGUCACCAGUUUGUGCAAGUCAAUAGAUUAUUUUUUAAAGGCACAUCACAAAAUGUUGGUUUUGGCUGAGGUUAACUUUUAAAAUUAGGUUCAUACUGUUAGUGUAGCUGUGCCUGGGUCAAGUUGACGCAUAGCUUACCUGUAACAGGAAAUAUUACUGUUAAGCAGCCUCUGAGGAAUGUAGAAAAAAGGGAAAAUUCUCUCAGAGUCUGAGGAUUUUAAAUUAUUGAGCUUGGUUUUGGUAUAGAAGUUUGAGUAGAUUGAAACCUAUGGGAGACUUGACAAAAAAUGACAUUGUAUUUUGUUUGAUUAUAUCUCUUUUUUUUUUUAUUAUUUUUUAUAUUUUCCCUCUAAUUUUAAAAUGGCUUGUUCAUAUAACAAAUUAUGCAUGUUGCUUACAGAAGUAAAAAUGCUUAAAUAGU